GGAUGGUUAAAGAAUGCCUUGCAUGGCUAAACAUGGAGUUCUAGCUGAAGUAUAUGUUCAUUAAAAGUAGUUAAACCUACACCCCAGUUUGUCAUUAUAUAAGGAACAAAAAUAACAUGGUGUCAGAUUGGUAGUCGCUAUGACAAGACAGACAAAAGAAAGGAGUAACUCUGCAAAUUUCCGCGACGAAAAUUAAACAUUCUACCACAAGUCAAGUGACAUGAGUAGUCGAAGAUGCUACCGUGCAAGAGUGAGGACAAUGAGCCGCAGCAGCGAGAGUGACAGCAGCGAGAGCGAGGCUGCAUCGGAAUCUUGACGAGCAUGUUGAUGAGCAACAUACUGAAACAGACAGACAGACGGUAUGUCACGGCGCGUGUGUGUGAUUGGAGGGGGAAGUUCAGGUCUGACCAGCAUCAAGUGCUGUCUGGACGAGGGUCUGGAGCCCACCUGCUUCGAGAGCAGUGAUGACAUCGGGGGACUGUGGAGGUUCAAGGAGAACCCGGAGGCUGACAGGGCCAGUAUCUACCACUCUGUCAUCAUCAACACCUCCAAGGAGAUGAUGUGUUUCUCUGACUUUCCCAUCCCAGCCCACUUCCCCAACUACAUGCACAACUCCCUCAUCAUGGACUACUUCCGCAUGUACGCCGAACACUUCCAACUCACCAAGCACAUACGCUUCCAGAUCAGAGUCCUCCAGGUGAAGCCAAGACCCGACUUCUCUCGUUCAGGCCAGUGGGAUGUGGAGACAGAGAACAAGAAGGGAGAGAAGGAGAAACAUAUCUUUGAUGCUGUGAUGAUCUGCAUAGGACACCACUGUCACCCCAACCUGCCUCUACACGAUUUCCCAGGUAUCGACAAAUUCAAGGGCCAGUACUUCCACAGUCGGGACUAUAAGACGGCAGAGGAGUGGCGGGGGAAGAGGGUGGUGGUAAUCGGCAUCGGCAACUCUGGAGGAGACAUCGCUGUGGAACUCAGCAGGGUCACCAAACAGGUAUUCCUCAGUACCAGGCGUGGGGCAUGGAUCCUCAACCGUGUGGGUCAACAAGGGGUGCCCAUGGACUUUCAAUUGAACAGAAGGGUGUUAAAGAUGGCCCAGUCUGUACUGCCCUUUGGCCUGGUCUGCAGACUGGGAGAGAACAAAAUCAACCAGAGAUUCAACCACAGCCUCUACUCUCUACAGCCCAAACACAGGCUGUUCAGCCAGCACCCUACAGUGAAUGAUGAGCUGCCCAACCGGAUCCUGUCUGGCACAGUGCAGGUCAAACCCAACAUCCGCAGGCUCCAGGGGUCCAGCAUUGAGUUUGACGACGGAACCGUGGAGGACAACAUAGACUUGGUGGUGUUUGCCACUGGCUACAACUUCUCCUUCCCCUUCCUACCGUCCAAUAUGCUGCCGGUUUCCGGGAACAAGGCCAAUCUGUAUAAGUACAUGUUCCCUCCGGGGUUAGAGCGUCCCACACUGGUCGUUAUAGGGCUGGUGCAGCCGCUUGGAGCCAUCAUGCCCAUCUCUGAAAUGCAGGCCCGAUGGGCCACCAGGGUCUUCAAAGGGCUGAAUAAGCUUCCCUCAAUGGACUGCAUGUUGAAGGACAUUAAACACAAGGAGGAGACAAUUGCCAAGAGGUAUGUGACCUCCCAGAGACACACCAUCCAGGUGGAAUACAUUGACUACAUGGACCAGAUAGCUUACCAGGUGGGGGCGCGUCCCAGCCUCCUAGGGCUGUUUCUACGAGAUCCUGGUGUGUGGCUGUGUGUGCUGCUGGGGCCAUGCACCCCGUACCAGUACCGUCUGAGAGGGCCGGGACAGUGGGACGGGGCCCGACAGGCCAUCCUGACUACAUGGGAUCGGAUGGCAGGAGCCCUGAAGACCAGGCCCUCGGACAUCCCUGAGCCCAAGCAGAGUUCCUUACUCCUGACCCUAACCGUGGGGGCUGCUGCCCUGGCUCUGGGGUACUACUGGAACAUACACAACCACCCAUCCCUCCUCAUCGCCCUGGACCCCACCACCUGGCAGGACAAGAUCAAACCAUACCUGCCAGUGUUGUGGUAACCCACCAGGAAUCAAACCCAGGCUGUGACUGGGUGGCUAACACAGUCAUGUUAGCUCACUAUGCUAAAGCCUAGCCCUCAGCCAUUCCACCUAUUUAUUCAAUUCCAGUACAAGUACACAACCAGCUGUACUAGUGGUGGUAUAGAACAAAUAUGUUUAAGGACUGAGGGUCCCAGAGUACUAGGUAUUGUAAGACUGGUUUGGUUGACUAAUGCCCAUUAGCCCACUGAGCUAAAGCCAAGGAGGUCACCUCCGUUACACCAGGACAGUGACCUGAAACAACCUCAUAAUCCAGAUGAGCUAUUAACCAGAAAUACAGAAAUGCAAUAGCAGGCAGCAAUCACUAACCUUACUGUCUGUUAAUUAAUCUGCCAGGUCAUCUUUGUGAAAGAUGAGAGCUCUACCAACUAAUCAGGGAUCACCAAUAAUUCACAGAAUGGAUGCACAGAAUUGGAAAUAAUACACUAAUAUUGCACUAUGCAUUAUCCACAGCCUGUUCUCAUAAUUGUUGGGAUUCAAUUUUACUUGAUGCCACAGUGCCUUAGACUGAUCAGAUAUAUUAUAAUGUAAUUUAUUUUGUUCUAUAAUCUUAUUUUCUAAAUAGCUAAAUGAUUUUAGGAGAGUGUAGUGUAAUACAUUUUUGCCUUCAUGUUUGGAUUGGCUUUGAGUGUUACAAGUCUGUAAUUCACUAAUCUAGUCAAAUGUAUGCACACACUAACCUCUACCUUCUCCCUCCUUACGAUGUACUGGUGACCAUGAUAAAUGUCACCACUAAGUGCCUACUCCAGGAACAUCUUUGCUAUAAACCACUAAAGUGUGGCCCAGAGACAACCCCCCCUAGCCUCUAUGCACUUGUAUGUGAAUGGAUAUAUGGCAUUUUUGCCAUCCUUGUCGGUCAUCCCUUUCAGAUCUAUACAGGUGCCUAGGGUGGUAGGAGACAGGAGGUAGUUGCUAGGCAUGGUGUCUGGAUGUUUAAAGAGCCACUGAACACGCCGAUUGGCACGUGUUCUUCUGAUGCACAUUAUAAAAUGUUGAUUUCUGGAUCGAUUGGGCGUUUGGUUAAUUAUGUUUGUCCCCCAUGAGACACUGUAGAUGCGGAAGCCUGUUUCACUUCCUCAAAAUCCCCAGAAUAAAUAACUCAAGAAAUCUGUAA